AUGAAUGAUCCCAGACCCUCGGAACGAUACUGUAACCGUUGCGAGUACGGACUGGCUGUGCUCACCAUGAAGGCGGCAGCUCUGGAAACGCUCCUGGUCUUGCUGGUGACCGGAAUCCAUUCGAACAAGGAGACGCCCAAGAAGAGCAGAAGGCCCAAGUUCACCGCGCCCCAGAUCGGCUGCGACGUCACGGCGGGGGAGAUCCUGGACCCUGAGUUCGUGGUGAGGUGCCCGGCGGGCUGCGGAGACCCCGGAUACCCGGUGCGGGGUCUUGGCCCCUACACGGCCCGCUCCAGUGUGUGCGCGGCUGCUGUCCACAGCGGCGUGCUCCCUCGCUCGGGAGGGAGGGUUCUUGUCCGGAAAGUGCCCGGGGAGUCGGACUCUGAAGGCGGCUACUCCAGCGGGGUCCAGGCGCUUUCCCUGCCGCACCAGGAGGGACUCUUCACUGUCGCAGAAGGUAAACCCCGAGAAGGUGUGGCCUACCCCUCGUCUCUGACGUUCUCUUCAUCUGCGUCUGACCAUGCAGGGGAGACCAUGAGAAGCCCCCAGAAGCCGGUCCCAGGGGCAACGGCUCCACCAGCCACCCUGACGCAGGUUCCGGGGUCCCCAGCGGCGGCAGCCACAAACAGCCCCCGGCCACCGGCACCCGCAGGACUAAGGAGCCCAGCGCGGGGGGACACGGAUGCACAGAAGCCUGGCUCGGUCCUUUUGGAUGCAGGAUUUGUGCCAGAAGAAUCCAGCACGCAGCCCCCGGAGCCAGCAGCCCAGGGGGACCCCAGCUGCAAAGUGGACCUGGCGUUUCUCAUUGACGGGAGCUCGAGUCUCGGCAAACGCCGCUUCCGCAUCCAGAAACAGUUCCUGGCCGAGAUGGCCCAAGUGCUUGACAUCGGCCCCGCCGGCCCGCUGAUGGGGGUCGUGCAGUACGGGGACACCCCCGCCCUCCAGUUCAACCUCAAGGCUCACGCCAGCCCCCGGGACGUGCGCGCGGCCCUGGAGAAGAUGACGCCCCGCGGUGGCCUGGCCAACGCAGGCCGCGCCCUCUCCUUCACGGCCCAAAGCUUCUUCUCCAAAGCCAACGGGAACCGGAUCGGCACCCCCAACGUGGCCGUGGUGCUGGUGGACGGCUGGCCUUCGGACCGCGUGGAGGAUGCGGCCAGGCGGGCGCGCGAGGCGGGCAUCAACGUCUUCGUCCUCACGGUCGAGGGGCCGCUGGACAGCGAGCGCGAGCUGGUGCUCGAGCCGGACUUCGCGCACAAGGCCGCCUGCAGGUCCAGCGGCUUCUACGCGCUGCCCGUGGCCAGCUGGGGCGCGCUGGGCAGGAGCCUGCGGCCGCUGGCCCGGCGCGUGUGCGACGCGGAGCGCCUGGUGUGCAGCCGCACCUGCCUGAACUCGGCCGACGUGGGCUUCGUGCUGGACGGCUCCAGCAGCGUGGGCCCGGGCAACUUCCGCACGCUGCUGCGCUUCGCCGCCAACGUCAGCCAGGCCUUCCGCAUCGCGGCGUCGGCCACGCGCGUGGGCGCCGUCCAGUACACCUACGAGCAGCGCCUGGAGUUCGGGCUGGACGCGCACCGCUCCAAGGCGGCCGUGCUGCGCGCGCUCGCGGGCCUGGGCUACUGGAGCGGCGGCACCAGCACGGGCGCCGCCAUCCGCUUCGCGCUGCAGCGGCUCUUCCACGAGCCCAGGCCCGGCCGGCGGCGCCUCAUGGUCCUGGUCACCGACGGCCGCUCCUACGACGACGUCCGCGCGCCCGCCCUGGCCGCGCACCGCAAGGGGAUCAUCGUCUACGCGGUGGGCGUGGCCUGGGCGGCGCGGGAGGAGCUGGACAUUAUCGCCUCGCACCCGGCCCGGGACCACGCGUUCUUCGUGGAGGAGUUCGACCACCUGCACACGCUCGUGCCCCAGAUCCUGCACAACAUCUGCGCCGAGUUCAACGCGCACCCGCAGGACUGAGCGCGGCG